UCAUUUUCCCAAAGAACAAAGCGCGGCUAGGUCACGAGCCCAUAGCAGAAGCAAAAACCAUCGAAGUAAUCCAACCCCGUAGCAGUUUUGUCUACCUUUCUUCGUUCUUUCCCCGUACAACCUCAAAUCCAGAUACAAUCACGUUCUUGUCUAAAUUUCUGUGGCAGCACCAAUGGCACCUCACCCUCAGAUAGACGAUGAUGAUGAUUUCGAUGGUGAUUUUCCUGGAACCGACCACGCAAGAAGCGCAGGCACUAAGAGGAGUUUUGGAGAUCUUGAUGACGAGGAAGAUGAUAUUUUUGGCUCCAAAAAGGCUAACUCAAAACCAGAAGAAACUGCAUCAGGUGUAGCAACUGGGAUGAUUUUAUCUCUGCGUGAGAGUCUCCAGAGCUGUAAAGAUAAUCUUGCCACAUGCCAAUUAGAGCUUGAAGCUGCAAAGUCAGAAAUUCAAAAGUGGCAUUCUGCAUUUCAGAAUGAAUCCUACAUUACAACAGAACCUAAAAAUGCUGUCAGUUAUCUCCAGAAUUUAAAAUCUUCCGAGGAGUUACUUAGAGAUCAGCUAGAAAAAGCUAAGAAAAAGGAAGCUGCAUUUAUAGUAACCAUUGCAAAACGGGAACAAGAGAUAUCAGACUUAAAGUCUGCAGUUCGGGAUUUAAGAUCACAACUCAAGCCUCCAUCAAUGCAGGCAAGAAGGCUAUUACUUGAUCCAGCAAUUCAUGAAGAGUUUACACGUUUAAAGAAUUUGGUGGAGGAGAAGGAUAAAAAAGUGAAGGAGUUAGAGGAUAAUAUUGGUGCUGUUAAUUUCACUCCACAAAGUAAGAUGGGGAAGAUGUUAAUGGCUAAAUGCAGGACUCUUCAGGAGGAGAAUGAGGAGAUUGGAAAUCAGGCAAAGGAAGGAAAGAUACAUGAAUUAUCAAUGAAACUUGCUUUGCAGAAAUCUCAGAAUCUAGAGCUUAAAAAACAUUUUGAAGGAUUAAGCAAGCACAUGGAGGGACUCACGAACGAAGUUGAAAAAUCAAAUGAAAUGGUGGUAAACCUGGAAGAGCAGCUAGAAAACAAAGAUGCUGAGAUCCAAAGGCUAAAGGAGGAGCUUCAAAAAGAUGCUAAUGAUUAUUAUGACUACUACAAAGAGGUUUCCUGCUAUUAGAACAGACCAUCGGGUAUGGGUGGGUGUUAUGACAUCAAAAAAACUGCCACAUCACUAUAACACAUCACCUUUAACACCACACCAUUUAGAUAGGAAAUGAUGGUCAAUGUUAUAACGAGUGUUAAGAAAUAGAGAGAAAAGAAAGAAAUCUUAUUGGUGGAAAAUGACGUGUUGGCUCAUUCUCGUCACAACAAUGCAUGCCACAAUGAGAAGAAAAGAGAAGACAGUGUUUCCCCAUUACCACGCCGUUAAGGCUUGUCCACGUCGGCAAUAAGCCCCAUACCGUGUGCUCUUAGAGGGCAGAUGAUUUUUUGAUUUUUCCAAUGUGAUACUUUUAUUUUAUACAAUUAAAUGAUUUUUUGAUUUUUGUGUUUUGUAUAGGUGAGCACAUUUAUCCAAUAAUGCUUCAUUUUACUUACCG